GCCAAGAGAGAACCCGUGUGACCCGCGUCCACACGGUGAAAAUCUCAUUCGAAUUGGAGCCAUACAGCACUGAAAUCACAAACACUCUCACCACAGAACAGACCCUGGAUAUGGCUACGUCAAUACUUGGGGAAGAACCGCGUUUUGGAACUACACCUCUCGCUAUGCUGGCUGCAACCUGCAACAAAAUCGGCAACACCAGUCCCCUCACAACUUUACCCGACUCCAGCGCGUUCUCCAAAGGUGGAUUUCAUCCGUGGAAAAGAUCCUCCUCCAGCUGCAACUUGGGCUCCAGUCUGCCGGGUUUCACAGUAGCGACGAGCCGCGCGUCCACGGGACUAACGCCGACCAGUGGCACCGGCAACAGCGCCUUCUGCUUAGCCUCCACCUCCCCGACGUCCUCCGCCUUUUCCACAGAGUACAGCGGGCUGUUCUCCAACUCCGCCAGCGUCACGACGCAGGAGUCGGGACAGUCGGCGUUUAUCUCCAAAGUCCACACGUCAGCAGAGACCCUGUACCCCCGGGUGGGCAUGGCGCACCCGUACGAGUCGUGGUACAAGUCGGGUUUCCACUCCACCAUCUCCGGCGACGUGGCCAACGGCGCGUCCUCGUGGUGGGACGUCCACACCAACCCGGGCUCGUGGCUGGACGUGCAGAACCCGGCGGGCACGCUCCAGACGUCGCUGCACUCCGGGACCCCGCAGGCCAUCCACUCCCAGCUGAGCGGCUACAACCCGGACUUCUCGUCGCUGACGCACUCGGCGUUCAGCUCCACGGGGAUCAGCCCCUCCGCGUCGCACCUCCUGUCCACCAGCCAGCACCUGUUAACGCAGGACGGCUUCAAGACCGUCAUUCCCACCUACACGGACGCUUCCGCCGCCAACGCCAUGAUUUCGGGGGGCAGCUCAGGAAUAAGCAGCUCCUCCCGGUCGUCCCGGCGGUACUCCGGCAGGGCGACGUGUGACUGUCCGAACUGCCAGGAGGCCGAGCGGCUGGGCCCCGCCGGGGCCAGCCUGCGCCGGAAGGGACUGCACAGCUGCCACAUCCCCGGCUGCGGCAAGGUGUACGGGAAGACCUCUCACCUCAAGGCGCACUUGCGCUGGCACACCGGCGAGCGGCCUUUUGUCUGCAACUGGCUUUUCUGCGGCAAGAGGUUCACGCGCUCCGACGAGCUGCAGAGACACCUGCGCACCCACACCGGCGAGAAACGGUUCGCGUGCCCGGUGUGCAACAAGCGCUUUAUGCGGAGUGACCAUUUGAGCAAGCACAUCAAAACGCACACGGCGGGCGGAGGAGGCAAAAAGGGCAGCGACAGUGACACCGACACCAGUAACCUGGAGACCCCGCGGUCCGAGUCCCCAGAACUUAUUUUGGAGGGCGUGAACCCCAGAAUCAGUGUUAAGGAUCCGUCUCCCCACGACGAGCCGUGAGGCUGCACCUCCAAA